UCCAUAUUAUUGUUAUAAAAUGAUCGUGAUACCCACUGGUUGAAAUAUUUCUUUCACUCUGUUGAUAAAAUAAUUAGUCACAAAUACUUAAUUUCACAUACAGUGUUACUAACCUUGUAUUAAUGUGAUGGCCGUAAGCGCUUCUUUUCAUCGUAAUGUAUUGUUAUUGUCUCAAAUAAUUCAGCCUAGUGAUGAAUUCAGGAAACAUUUUCGUGAGGGAAUGUUUGACAAACCAAAUACAAUCGGUUUCUUACAUAUUUCUCAUUAUUUAUUGACAAUAUAUGAUUCGGAGCGUUUUAAAAAAUUAAUAGAAUGGCCAGUAAUUUGUAAAAAGACUGAAGUUAAAUAUCGUAACAAUGUUAAAGAUUAUUUAACAACUAUAUCCUUGGAAAAUCCGGACAUUGGUUUUCCAAACAUACUUAUGUCUCACUUAAUUCAUGCUGGUGGCAAUAAAUUUACAACUAUCAUGUGGAAAUUAUCCGAAGUAGUAGUGCGAAAAUAUAUUACCAGAGAAACUGAUUACAAUAUUAUGUUCGCACCACAAGUUGGACCUAAAGGACAUUUAGCAAAGAAAUUUGUUCAAGAAACUAAUGUAAAAGUUAAUUUAAAUAUUUCUAGUAAUCAUAAAAAUUUAUCAGAGAUGGAAAAUGCAACUAAAGUUGUUUUAGAGAAAGAGAAAGAAAUACUAACUAAUAUUGUAAGAGAAAUUUUUGAAAAAGAACAGUCAAUUGAAAUUCUUUCAGAGGAAGCACCUGUGCAUCCUUCAAUUAAAAAAUGUUUAAGAGAUAUAAAUGAUGAAGAAGUGAUAAAAAUGUGGAGAAAAAAUGUCACUGAUGGAUUAAAUCGUAUACAAAAAAAAAAUUCAAUUUUAAAAGGUAUAGAACAGCUUGUUUCUAAAGUAAAUAAUAUAAUAUCAAGUAAUAGUAAUGAUAUUGGGGUAUUAGAUGGUAAACAAGUACAAAAGAUAAGUUGUUCAGAAAUUUCAGAAUUAUGUUCUGUGGACAAACAGUGCCUUCUGUUUCAAUCAUACAAAGAUAAUAAGUUAGUAUUAAAUAACUUUCUGAUAUUAUUUAAUUAUUUACUAAUUCAAUUACAUCAACGACUGAAAAUAAAUACAAAGGAUAUUUCAAAGUGUUUAUUACAAGUAGAAGCUAGUUGUAAAGAUAUAAAAGCAGCAUCAAAUAUUAUUCAAUCAUAUCUAUCAGAUAUUAUAAAACUGUUAUCAGAAUCUCAAGAUAUUUUAUGUCAGAAGAAUGUACAAAAUGUAGUUUAUGAUGAUACUGUAUCACCUAUAAUGAACAAUGUGGUUUUAAUGUUAUCUCCUCGUAUAAAAAUUGAUACAAACUAUAAUAAUGAAGAAAGUGAUCUACAGAAACUAUUACAACUUACUCCUGUGGAAGGUAUUAAAUAUGCACAUAAAUCACUAUUUUCACGGUAUAAACGUUUGAAACAAAAUCAUACAUCACAUGGAUCAAAGUUAAGGGAAAAUUUGUUAGUAUCACGAAUUAAUUUUAACGAUACAAUUUUAACUCCAAAUAGUGAAAACUCAUCUUUACACGCACAUACAAUAUUUAGGAGAAAUUUACCGACAUUUAAACAAGCAGAAAAAUACUCCCGAUUAUUUUCUAAUCGUACAAAAAGGGCUAAUAGGACAGCAAAUUCCAGUAUAAUGUCUAUACCGUGUUCUUCAAAUGCAAAUUCAACAGCACUUAUAAAUGCAAUUGAAGAAAUACAUGAUAUGUCAGAACUGAAUUUAAACAUUUCAGCAAAAAGUCUUUGUAAUACGAGUGCAGAAUUUAUUACUCCUGAAAAAUUAACUGCCAAACAAAUUGAAUGUAAAAACAGGAUGGAAAUGGAAAAUAUAGUACAUGAACUUCCAAAUAAACUUACUAUACAUGAUGUAUGUGAAACAAUACAAGAAAAAAUGAAUAAUGGUUGUGACAAUAAUGUAAAAGUUGAAGAAAGAAGACAACCGAGGCGUUCAAUCGGAGAUUUAGUUGAACGUUAUAAAAACUUGCUUGAAUUUAGCAAUCGUACAUCGAAUUCUAAAAUCAAUUGUGUAAAAUAUGGUGAUAAAUAGUUGUAAGAAUUGACAAUUUAUAUUGUAAAAUUGACUAUCUAUAAAUAUGGAAAAAUAUACAUUUUUACAUGUUGCUUA